UCGAUGGAGGAGUUGAAGUUCUUCCCAGCGAACUUGCAGAAAUCUGAAGUGCGAUGCCAAGAGUUCGCUUCGCCGGCCACACUAACCGCAACCUUACUAGCCUUCACACACACAGCAACAUCGCUCGACCGACAUCUCUGCAUCUCGAAACCCUCUCACGAUAACCAAACCACACACCCAACAACAGUCGCCAUGGGUCACGCAGCCGGUCUCCGCGCGGGUACGCGCUAUGCCUUCUCCAAGGGUUUCAAGCAGAAGGGUCGUCUCCCGCUCUCGACCUACCUCCAACAAUACAAGGUCGGCGAUAUCGUGGAUGUCGUAGCCGAUGGUUCCGUCCAGAAGGGUAUGCCCUACAAGGUCUACCACGGAAAGACCGGCAUUGUCUACAAUGUUACCAAGAGCGCCGUCGGAGUUAUCCUCCAGAAGCAGGUCGGCAACCGAUACAUGGAGAAGCGCAUCAACGUCCGCAUCGAACACGUCAAGCACUCGCGAUCCCGAGACGACUUCAUCCGCCGCGUGAAGGAGAACGCUGAGAAGAGGAAGGAGGCCAAGAAGACCGGCAGCCACGUUUACUUGAAGCGCCUCCCAGUUGCUCCUCAGGGCGAGCGUAUCGUCAGCCUCAAGGACAACAAGCCCGAGAGCAUCACACCUAUACCAUAUGAGACAACGAUCUAAGAGUGGAGUAGUUGUACGGUGUGUGGGCAAAAUGGGAAAUGGAUGGGGAAAUGGCGUGAUUAUGACGGUUCUCUCAGUUUUCUUCACCGGUCUGCCCUUUUU